CUCAUUGUGACCGCGAGGGGGCAGCCCUGAGUCAGCCCACCUCUUCAUUCUCACGCCGUCUCAGCGUUUCCCCCCAAAGAAAUCUCUGCGCUUUCGUCAAAACACUGAAUGGGAAGAAAAUGUGGUCUGAAGAAGGCGAAGGCUGACCCCCACCACCGCCCACCGUUUUCAACCGAGCCACAGCCGAUCAUGGACCCGGGGAGACGCAGCAGCCGCCGACAGCAGAGACAACGGAGCACAAAGCGGUUGCAGGAAAACGUCGUUUAGCGUCUCCGACUCAUCCGCCUGACUCAGCAGCCGCAUCCAAACCCACACAGAGGAGUCUGAGUGGAGCCCCGGGUGGGCUCUGAACCCACGGAGCAACCGAGGAGCCGGAAUAAAGAAGGAGAAAAUGAGUGAGCAGAGUAUCUGCCAGGCGAGGGCCUCUGUGAUGGUCUACGACGACGCCAGUAAGAAGUGGGUGCCCAUCAAGCCCGGCCAGCAAGGCUUCAGCCGCAUCAACAUCUACCACAACACUGCCAACAACACCUUCAGAGUGGUGGGCGUCAAACUGCAGGACCAGCAGGUGGUGAUCAACUACUCCAUAGUGAAAGGCCUGAAGUACAACCAGGCGACUCCCACCUUCCAUCAAUGGCGUGAUGCUCGACAGGUUUAUGGGUUGAACUUUGCCAGUAAGGAGGAGGCCACCACCUUCUCUAAUGCCAUGCUGUUUGCCCUCAACGUCCUCAGCUCACCUGACAGCGGAGGUCCAGUGGUUCAGCGCCAAAAUGGGCCUUCCUCUGAAGAAAGUGAAGCACAGAGAAGGAUGAUGGAGCAACAUCAGAUGCAGGCCCACAAGGAGAGGGAGCGGCGGACGUCAGGUUCAGUCGUUUCCACCCUCCAAUAUAAAGUCUCCACCCCUCCCACCCACCCAGACACUCCUCCCGAGUACAGACAGUACAGAGCUAACACACUGCCGCCCUCCUACGUCCGCGUGGCCUCCUCCUCCUCCUCCUCUCCUCCCUCCUCCGUCUCCCCCUCUCAGGAGAAGGAGGUGGGGGUUGCUAGGGACAAGGCUCAGCUGUCCUCGCAGCUCUCCACCUCGUUGGCCUCAGCCUUUUCCCCCGUCCAGACGGGCGUGAAUACCCAGGGCCGACAGGUCCGCCAGAUCCCCCUGUCCCCCCCAUCAGCCGCCCGCCACCUCCAGCAACAGCAUCAGCAGGACGUAAUGCUCCCCCCCAAACACGGCACCUGGUCUGCUUCUCACAUGCAGCAGAUGUACGCCCAGUGUCCCCCUGCCUCCUCCCCUCCCGUCAUGAUGGCCAUGCCUGUGAAGCAGGGUUUGCCCCCACAGCCGGUCCUCCCGGUAGCUCACCCCCUCCCGCCCGUGAGCACCAGGAUGAAGCCCCCCCCUCUUGAUCCUAGCACUGUGACAUACCCCCAGCACCACGCUCAGUCCAACGGCCAGCCAGACGAUUGCUACUCUCCUCACUCUCAGCAUCUUCCACUCACGCCACAGUACUGCGAGGCCAUCCCCCUGCCCCCCCUGUUAGGCCAACCAGCCGGGGGCCCCGCUCACCAGCCCCAGUACCAGUCCUCCUUCCACCCUCAGCAGCAUCCACAGCAGCAGCAGCAGCUUUACCACCAGCAGCCCCCCAUCACCACAUCCUCCUCUUCCUCGCCCCCUUCUUACACUGCCAUGUCAGAUGGGGGCUCACCCAAGAAGACCCCCUCCCCUGUCCCGCAGCCGGCCUCCAUGGCCAGCAGCAGCCCUCCUGUCUCUGCAGGGCACCCUGCAAUGCUUUCUGUGGCGCCUCCUCCUUCUGCAGCUCCAGCACCCAUGUCUGGUCCUCCAGCACCGCCGCCACCUCCGGGUCCACCGCCGCCAAUGGCGGUGCCCCCACCCAUGCCCCCUCCGCUCCCUGCUGGUGGAGGGCCUCCUGGCGCUCCUCCUGGGAUGCAGCACCAACCUUCAGGACUGGCUGCAGCUCUGGCUGGAGCCAAACUACGGAGAGUGAACAGGGAUGAAAGCAGUCCACCUGGUUCUGGUGGAAAAAGUGACUCCAACAGGUCCAGUGGCGGCAGCGGCGGUGGUGGGGAGGGACUCAUGCAAGAGAUGAAUGCCUUACUAGCUCGAAGACGAAAAGCUUCGGAGAAACCCGAUGAAGAUGACUUGAGUGGCCGAGGGUCAGGGCAGCAGAACUCAACAGAUGCUGUAAAGAAGCCAUGGGAACGGUCCAACUCAACAGAUAAGUCUUCGCUCGUGUCAAGAGUGAGGCCUGUCGGCACCGGAGAAGGCGACACGGAGUUUGACAAGAUGAAACAGGAAAUUUUGGAUGAAGUGGUACGGGAGUUGCAUAAGGUCAAAGAUGAAAUCAUUAAUGCCAUAAGACAAGAGAUCGGCAGAAUCAGUACAUCCUAAUCUCAUCCCAGCGCGCAGAUGGAGGAGCGGGAGAAGAGCGACAGGAGGAGCUGGAGGCGCAGAUGCACAGACACGAGGACCAGAGAAUGUUCUCUCAAUGUUUCUGUGACCUGGCAAUGCCGCGCUAACCGUUGCAGAGACGUUGUGCCAACAUUAAAGACUUUUGGGGAAAAAAGAACAAAGAGGUGACAUCAGGAAGCAGGGCUCAUGCAAAUGAGCAGCUGACGGACGGAGGGAGAAACAUGAACUAAAAGAUCAAGCGAGAAUGAACUGACAUUCGGUAUUGAGUUUGGUGUCGUGGUCCUCUCUGUGCACCUAGACUCAGUCAGCCCAAGGUUGCAGCUCUUUGUUCUCUGUUCAGUCUUAAGAAGAAAAUAUUUUUCGUUUUCUAAGUUUUUACUGUUUUAUUAUUUAAAAACUGUGGUGAUAUUGAUGAGUAUUUUAUGGAUAUUAUAGAAGGACAAAGGAAUCUUGCACACCAUUUAUGUCAGUCUUUUAUAUUUUUCUGGUGGGUUUUUUUUGUGUUUCCCCCUCUAAAAUUAUUAAUGAAGCACAAUCCGGGCAUACUGGUGCUGUAGAUCCAUCUGCCCUUUAACCAUAAAAAAAAAAGAGGAAAAACCUUUCAUAACCUUCCUCCUGCCGGUGUUGUGCGUCAAACCUUUUCAAAAGGAAAAAAAUCGGUUCAUCUUUGAAGGAUAAUUAGCUGCUAAAAUUACCUCUGAUCCUCGUAUUCAUUACCAAUUAACAGUGAAUCAAACAGCAUGCAAUACAGCCAACUCCCGUUCACAAAGCAGGCCCAUAACUGUACAUGUGCCACCUGGUUUUUUCCUCGUAAAUCCGUGACCCUCUUCUCUGUUAGAUCCUCCAGUUUGCAUGAAACUCAGUCUAUGGAUUUUUUUUAAUGCUUUCAAAAUAAAACUCAAAAACACACAUAUACACAAAUGGUGGUACAUUUACUAUCUCUGUUUGUUUCAAUGAAACUUCUUUUAAAUGAGAUGUUAAAUUAUAGUAAAAAUAAAAAAUAGAGGAAGAUGUUGCUCUGGCCUUGAGAAGAAUGUACUGUGAGGUAAUGUGAGGGUUUGUGACGGUGGCUAAAUGUUUCUCCACGGGAAGGAUUUAGUUGAAUUUGCAUUCUGUCUGCGCUCAGCAAAGUUCUGUUUUGCAAACUGGAAGUAAAUUCAUCCGAAGACAAACCAA